AUCGACCAUUCUCUUUCUUUCUUCCUCACACACUAAAAGCUUGCAAAAACCAUAAGCUUAUCUCUCUCACAAAUCAUUUUUUUCAAACUUCUCUCUCUCUUAAACCAUGCCUGAGGCACCAAAGAAGGUAUCUUUAGAGGUUUUUGAUCUGACGCUUGACCAAAAAAACAAGCAAAAGCUUCAGUUGAUCGAAGAACUUACCUCUAACGCCGACCAAUUCCAGAGACGUGUCUUGGAGGAGAUCUUGUCCCGCAAUGCUGACGUGGAGUAUCUCCGGCGACACUACCUCAACGGUCGCACUGACCGUGAGACUUUCAAAAACGUCAUGCCGGUUAUCACCUACGAAGAUAUUCAGCCUGAGAUCAACAGGAUCGCUAAUGGUGAUAAAUCACCUAUCCUCUCUUCAAAACCCAUCUCUGAGUUUCUCACAAGCUCUGGAACAUCUGGUGGGGAGAGGAAGCUAAUGCCAACAAUCGAAGAGGAACUAGACAGAAGAUCUCUUCUCUAUAGUCUCUUGAUGCCUGUGAUGAGCCAGUUUGUUCCUGGUCUCGAAAACGGCAAAGGAAUGUAUUUCUUGUUCAUCAAGUCCGAAUCCAAGACUCCUGGAGGCCUCCCUGCUCGUCCUGUCUUAACCAGCUACUACAAGUCUUCCCAUUUCAAAGAAAGACCCUAUGAUCCUUACACCAAUUACACAAGCCCUAACGAGACCAUCCUUUGCUCUGACUCUUACCAGAGCAUGUAUUCUCAGAUGCUCUGUGGCUUAUGUCAACACCAGGAGGUUCUUCGAGUCGGCGCUGUCUUCGCCUCUGGAUUCAUCAGAGCCAUCAAGUUUCUAGAGAAACACUGGACAGAGUUGGUCCGUGACAUCAGAACCGGUACUCUGAGUUCCCUCAUAACUGAUCCUUCCGUUCGCGAGGCGGUCUCCAAGAUCCUUAAACCGAAUUCAAAGCUCGCUGAGUUUGUGGAAUUUGAGUGCAAGAAGUCGUCCUGGCAAGGGAUUAUUACUAGGCUGUGGCCUAACACAAAGUAUGUGGAUGUGAUUGUGACCGGGACAAUGUCUCAAUACAUUCCAACUUUGGACUACUACAGUAAUGGCUUGCCUCUUGUCUGCACAAUGUAUGCUUCUUCCGAGUGUUACUUUGGUGUGAAUCUAAGGCCACUCUGCAAACCAAGCGAGGUCUCUUACACGCUCAUACCAUCCAUGGCUUAUUUCGAGUUCUUGCCUGUUCACAGAAACAACGGUGUUACUAACUCCAUCAACCUUCCUAAAGCACUCACUGAGAAAGAGCAACAAGAGCUUGUUGAUCUAGUUGAUGUCAAGCUUGGUCAGGAAUACGAGCUUGUUGUCACCACUUACGCUGGGCUUUGCAGAUACAGAGUUGGUGAUUUAUUGAGAGUGACAGGAUUCAAGAACAAAGCGCCUCAAUUCAGUUUCAUAUGUCGCAAGAAUGUGGUCUUGAGCAUAGAUGCCGACAAGACCGAUGAGGUUGAACUUCAGAACGCGGUGAAGAACGCAGUGACAUACCUCGUCCCAUUUGAUGCCUCACUCUCUGAGUACACGAGCUAUGCAGACACAAGUUCUAUCCCGGGGCAUUAUGUUCUGUUCUGGGAGCUAUGUUUGGAUGGAAACACGCCGAUCCCUCCUUCAGUCUUUGAGGAUUGCUGCUUAACUGUAGAAGAGUCGUUCAACACUGUUUAUAGACAAGGAAGGGUUAGUGACAAGUCCAUAGGCCCGCUUGAGAUCAAGAUUGUUGAGCCAGGGACAUUCGAUAAGCUCAUGGAUUACGCAAUCAGUUUGGGAGCAUCGAUUAAUCAGUAUAAGACGCCGAGAUGUGUGAAGUUUGCUCCAAUUAUCGAGCUAUUGAACUCGAGGGUUGUUAAUAGUUACUUAAGCCCCAAGUGUCCUAAAUGGGUCCCUGGUCACAAACAGUGGGGAAGUAACUAAGAUGGAAUGUGGAACGCGAAGAGACUCUCUUUGAGCUAGAAGGUUUGGGACUUGGACUUGCAAAUGAUCAUGUCUUCUCUAAUCUUAAUUUUAGUUUAAUCUUUUGUUCUUUUUUUUUGUUAUCCUUUUAAUAUGCAUAGUCCCUCUGGAUUUGAAAAGCAGUUGUACAAAAGGCAAAUCAUGUUUUCUCCAACCAACUCUCUGUUUCUCUCCA